UCUGUAGACGGCCAUGGAUAGCCAAAUAAAGUGGAAAGCGAAACGGAGGCUAAAGGGCGCGCGGCUUGCUUUAGCGAUGCUCGUGCUUUUUGCCGCAGCAACCACGUCGUCGCGCGCUGGACCAGUGGAUUCAGCUGACCUCCUGAAGAUUUUAGAUUUUCCAAGCUUGCCUGACGGCAUAACAAAAACUACAGGCUUCUGCACACACAGGAAGUCAUCGAAAGGGCCUGAUGUAGCCUACAGAGUAACCAAAGAUGCUCAGCUCAGUGCUCCUACGAAACAGCUCUACCCCUCUUCCAUUUUUCCAGAAGACUUCUCCAUCGUGGCGACUUUGCGGCCAAAUAAGGGCAGUCAGGCAUUCCUACUGUCCAUCUAUAAUGAACAGGGCAUGCAGCAGCUGGGCAUUGAGGUGGGCCGCUCACCUGUCUUCCUCUAUGAGGACCACCUGGGAAAGCCAGGCCCUGAGGACUACCCUCUCUUCAGAGGAGUAAACCUGGCUGACGGAAAGUGGCACCGUGUGGCGCUCAGCGUCCAUAAGCAGAGUGUUACACUGAUUGUGGACUGUAAGAAGCAGACGACACGCAAGUUGGCACGAAGCCUGAACCCCGUCAUUGACACUAAAGGCAUUGUGGUGUUUGGUACACGAAUUCUGGAUGAAGAAGUGUUUGAGGGUGAUAUUCAGCAACUGAUGAUUAUAGCAGACCAUCGUGCUGCAUAUGACUACUGUCAACAUUAUAGCCCAGACUGUGAGGUUCCUGCCCAGGAGCAGCCACAAAACCAGGACCCCAACACAGACGAAUAUAACACAGAAGACGACACCUACUAUUAUGAGUACCCGUACUACGAUGACUUGGAUGCAGAGAAGAAUGAGGAGUCAUCAGUCACCCCUGGCAAGGUCACAGACUCAGGACCAAGUGACACAUCCAACACAAGGGAAACCAUAACUACAGUAGGUGGUGGAGCAGGACAUUCCGGUGGCUCGACUAGCAGUUCAUCGAGCAGUUCUUCUAGUAGUUCUUCAAGUGGUACCUCUACCACGGGAACUGGCAGCGAGUCAUAUGAUGACUACGAUGAUCCCGGGUAUGAUACGACAUAUUAUGACGAGUCAACUUCCUCGCCUGACGGCUCUGUAACAAUCACAAGCACAGGCACAGGUACGGGGGAUGACCUGGACCUGAGCAGUAGAGUGGAUCUGGGGCUGGGCGGAGAAGGGGAGAAACACAUCGUCACCUCAGUAGGAGGAGGAGGAGGAGGAGGCAUCCACACUUCCAGCACUGGUGGCUCUGGUUCUAGCACUGGAUCUGGUUCAAGCAUUAGAAUUGGCUCAGGUUCUAGCACCAGUUCGGGAUCAAGUGCCGGUUCUGGUUCUAGCACUGGAUCUGGUUCAAGCAUUAGAAUUGGCUCAGGUUCUAGCACCAGUUCAGGAUCAAGCGCUGGUUCUGGUUCCAGCACAGCAUCUGGCUCUGCUUCCACCUCUAUUACAGGAUCUGGAUCUGUUUCCACAUCCAAUGCGGGAUCUAGUUCCAGUUCCAGCUCCAGCCCAGUGGAUAAUUAUGAUGGCUAUGGCUAUGGGGUGAACUAUGGAGAGGAGUACAUUGAUGGUUUCAGUGAGGGCGAGGACGCUGUUGGAGGAGGAGGCAGCAGCAGUACUGCUUCUGUUGGGGGUGGAUCUGCUUCCGCUGGGAGCGGAUCAGUCUCAGUCGGGGGCAGCUCUGUUUCUGGUGGAGGUGGUUCAGUCUCUGUUAGUGGUUCAUCUGGAGUUGGUGGUGGAUCUGCUAGCGCUGGGGCUGGCGCGGGAGCAGGAACAGGCCAGAGAGGAGUUGGCGAGGAGGCAGAUUAUACAGACUUUGAUGGAUUUAAAGAGGAGUCCAUCACGGAUCUCACUGACUCUGACCUGGACAAGGUUUACAGUGAUUACAAAGACUACUACAGUGAAGUCUUGCCUGCUGAGACUGACAAUUACCAGGUGGAAGGAUCCAGAGGAGAGAAGGGGCAGAAAGGAGAGCCAGCCAUCAUUGAACCAGGAAUGUUGGUGGAGGGCCCGCCUGGUCCUGAGGGCCCAACUGGUCUACCUGGUCCUCCAGGAACAUCGGGAUCCCCAGGCUCCCCCGGAGAUCCUGGAGAGACUGGUCCUCCUGGUCGCCCUGGUCUUCCUGGAGCCGAUGGACUGCCAGGACCCCCAGGGACUGUCCUGAUGUUACCAUUCCGGAUGAGCUCAGGGGGAGAUGGUGGCCAUAAAGGACCUGCAGUUUCUGCCCAAGAGGCUCAGAUGCAGGCCAUCAUGCAGCAGGCUAGGCUGGCAAUGAGAGGUCCAACUGGUCCUAUGGGCUUGACCGGUCGUCCUGGACCUCUGGGUCCUCCUGGUGUGUCUGGACUUAAAGGUGAAUCUGGAGACCAGGGACUUCAGGGUCCUCGUGGUCCGAUGGGUUCUAUUGGUCCUCCUGGAAAGCCUGGUAGAAGAGGUCGUCCUGGAUCAGAUGGAGCCAGAGGCAUGCCUGGACAAACUGGACCAAAGGGAGACAGAGGUUUUGAUGGCCUAGCUGGAUUACCUGGAGAAAAGGGACAUCGGGGUGAGUCAGGACCUCAAGGACCCCCUGGACCCCCAGGAGAGGAUGGAGAAAGAGGAGACGACGGUGAGGUUGGACCUAGGGGUCUUCCUGGCGAACCGGGUCCUCGUGGUUUGUUAGGACCCAAAGGACCUCAGGGACCUCCUGGAACUCCUGGCGUGACAGGAAUGGAUGGCCAUCCUGGUCCGAAAGGAAACAUUGGGCCUCAAGGUGAGCCUGGUCCUCCAGGACAGCAAGGCAACCCUGGUGCUCAGGGACUUCCAGGACCUCAAGGAGCCAUCGGAGCCCCCGGAGAUAAGGGUCCAACAGGGAAACCAGGCUUACCAGGCAUGCCAGGAGCUGAUGGACCUCCGGGCCACCCAGGAAAGGAAGGUCCAGCUGGUGAGAAAGGUCACAUGGGACCACCUGGAGCACAAGGACCGAUCGGAUAUCCUGGCCCCCGAGGUGUGAAGGGUGCUGAUGGAGUUCGGGGAUUAAAAGGAAACAAGGGUGAAAAGGGAGAAGAUGGUUUCCCUGGAUUUAAAGGAGAUAUGGGUAUCAAGGGUGAUCGGGGUGAGCUAGGACCUGCAGGACCCAGAGGAGAGGACGGUCCUGAGGGACCUAAAGGACGAGCUGGACUUCCUGGAGAUGCUGGACCUCUUGGAUCAAGUGGAGAGAAGGGCAAGCUUGGUGUUCCAGGAUUGCCAGGUUAUCCUGGAAGACAAGGGCCAAAGGGUUCUCAAGGAUUCCAAGGCUUCCCUGGAGCCAAUGGAGAAAAGGGAACAAGGGGAACAGCUGGAAAGCCUGGACCACGAGGACAGCGAGGACCUACUGGCCCUCGUGGAGAAAGAGGCCCCAGGGGACCCACAGGAAAAGCAGGACCAAAGGGCAAUUCAGGAAGCGAUGGACCUCCAGGACCACCAGGUGAACGGGGUCUGCCAGGACCUCAGGGAUCAACUGGAUUUCCUGGGCCUAAAGGGCCUCCUGGACCAGCUGGAAAAGAUGGACUGCCUGGGCACCCCGGCCAGAGAGGAGAGACAGGUUUCCAAGGAAAGACUGGACCUCCCGGACCUCCAGGUGUGCUAGGACCUCAGGGAGCAACAGGUGAAACCGGACCAAUGGGAGAGCGAGGCCAUCCCGGACCUCCAGGACCACCAGGUGAACAAGGUCUGCCUGGACCUGCUGGUAAAGAGGGAGCCAAGGGAGAUCCAGGUCCGGCAGGCCCUGCUGGUAAAGAUGGACCCCAAGGACUGCGAGGUUUUCCUGGAGAGAGGGGGUUACCUGGGCCUGUUGGAACUGCAGGUUUGAAAGGGAAUGAAGGACCACCAGGUCCACCUGGACCUGCUGGUUCACCUGGUGAGCGAGGUCCUGCUGGUCCGACAGGUCCCACUGGACCCCCUGGACGCCCAGGACCUCAGGGACCCCCAGGGCCUGCUGGAGAGAAAGGUGGACCGGGAGAAAAAGGACCUCAAGGCCCUGCUGGUAGAGAUGGUAUUCAAGGUCCUGUUGGUUUGCCAGGUCCUGCUGGACCUCUUGGACCUCCGGGAGAAGAUGGAGAUAAGGGUGAGAUCGGUGAGCCUGGUCAGAAAGGUAGCAAAGGAGAUAAAGGAGAGCAGGGUCCUCCUGGGCCAACUGGCCCCCAAGGGCCAAUUGGUGCACCUGGUCCUGCUGGAGCUGAUGGAGAGCCCGGUCCGAGAGGACAGCAGGGUUUGUUUGGGCAGAAAGGAGAUGAGGGACCACGAGGAUUCCCUGGACCACCUGGACCUGUUGGCCUUCAGGGUUUGCCUGGACCUCCUGGUGAGAAAGGAGAAACUGGAGAUGUUGGUCACAUGGGUCCACCUGGUCCUCCUGGUCCCCGAGGCCCCUCUGGACCUCCAGGAGCCGAUGGACCCCAAGGCCCCCCUGGAGGCAUUGGAAACCCUGGGGCUGUGGGAGAGAAGGGAGACCCAGGUGAAGCUGGAGAGCCCGGCUUGCAAGGCGACGUUGGUCCUCCGGGACCAAGAGGAGAACGAGGAGAGAAAGGAGAAGCUGGUCCUGCUGGUUCUGCUGGUCCACCAGGACCUAAGGGCCCCCCUGGUGAUGAUGGUCCUAAAGGAAGUCCAGGUCCAAGUGGUUUUCCUGGUGACCCUGGACCUCCUGGAGAGCCUGGUCCACAUGGUUUGGAUGGUCCUCCUGGUGACAAAGGUGAUGACGGGGAGCCUGGUCAGCCUGGAUCUCCAGGACCAACUGGUGAAUCUGGACCAACUGGACCUCCAGGAAAGAGAGGUCCUCCAGGAGUGACAGGACCUGAGGGACGACAGGGAGAGAAAGGAGCAAAGGGCGAGGCUGGUCUUGAGGGUCCACAGGGUAAGACAGGUCCUGUUGGACCCCAAGGUGCUCCUGGCAAGCCUGGUUCUGAAGGAUUGCGAGGAAUACCUGGCCCAGUAGGAGAACAAGGUCUGCCUGGGUCUCCCGGACCCGAUGGACCCCCAGGACCUAUGGGUCCUCCUGGACUACCCGGACUGAAAGGAGACACUGGAGUUAAAGGAGAAAAGGGUCAUCCAGGUCUGAUUGGUUUGAUUGGGCCUCCUGGAGAGCAGGGAGAGAAAGGAGACAGAGGACUGCCAGGACCACAGGGAACAGCCGGACCCAAAGGAGACACGGGUAUUGCUGGCCCUGCUGGACCUCUGGGACCGAUUGGACCUCCUGGAUUGCCUGGACCCCCUGGUCCUAAAGGAGCUAAAGGAUCAUCAGGUCAAACAGGACCAAAGGGAGAAACAGGAGUACCAGGACCUCCAGGUCCACCGGGUCCACCAGGCGAUGUCAUCCACCCGCUGCCCAUGCACUCAAGCCCAAAGAGAGCACGGCGGAACGUAGACGCCAGCCAAAUAGCGGAUGACGCACCCGAUGCCAACUAUAAGGAUUAUGAGGAUGGCAUGGAGGAGAUUUUUGGCUCACUCAACUCCCUCAAGCAGGAGAUCGAACAGAUGAAACACCCACUGGGCACCAAGAACAACCCAGCACGCACCUGCAAAGACCUGCAACUCUGCCACCCUGAAUUUCCUGAUGGGGAGUACUGGAUUGAUCCAAACCAGGGCUGCUCACGAGAUUCUUUCAAGGUUUACUGCAACUUUACGGCUGGAGGAGAGAGCUGUAUCUUCCCAGAUAAAAAGAGUGAAGGAAGCAAAAUGGCUCGCUGGCCCAAAGACAGCCCAGGCACUUGGUAUAGUCGCUACAAACGGGGGUCCAUGCUCUCUUACAUGGAUGCUGAGGACAAUCCAAUUGGUGUGGUCCAAAUGACGUUUCUACGCUUGCUAAGUGCCUCGGCCCGGCAGAAUCUCACAUAUAACUGCUACCAGUCCGUGGCCUGGCAUGACCAGGAGCUAAACUCGCACGACAAGGCCAUCCGCUUCCUGGGCUCCAAUGAUGAAGAGAUGUCCCAUGACAACAAUCCAUAUAUUAGUGCCAUCAUCGAUGGAUGUGCGUUGAAAAAGGGCUAUGAAAAGACUAUUCUAGAGAUCAACACACCAAAAGUGGAGCAGAUACCAUAUGUUGACAUCAUGUUCAACGACUUCGGUGGAGCAACGCAGAAGUUUGGCUUUGAGGUUGGCCCGGCCUGCUUUAUUGGUUAAGACUGUUUACUGAGCGCACCAGGAAAUAAAAAAAAAAAAAACCAACCACAUUCUUUUUCUCAGAAACCAAAGAAA